AUGAAGGCUGCCUGGCCUGCGGAGUUGAAAGAUGGUUUGAUCAAGAUAUUCUUGGUCGGGUUUUGUGCCUUCCCCUGGAGCAAGUCCCAUCUCCAGUAUGAUUGGCUUAAUUGCUGGAAGAAGGCUGAUUGGCCUGCGGAGUUGAAAGAUGGUUUGACCAAGAUAUUUUUGGUCGGGUUUUGUGCCUUACCCUGGAGCAAGUCCCAUCUCCAGUAUGAUUGGCUUAAUUGCUGGAAGAAGGCUGAUUGGACUGCGGAGUUGAAAGAUGGUUUGAUCAAGAUAUUCUUGGUCGGGUUUUGUGCCUUCCCCUGGAGCAAGUCCCAUCUCCAGUAUGGCUGUAACGACAGUGAUCUGCCCCCGAACGUAGGAGGAGACUUCAUGGGACCACCGCAGACUUUGGAGGUUGAAGGGGCUCUUUACCGAAACGAGACACUUGGAAUUAGCUACUCUCAAGUGGUGAUCACUUGGACACCGCCGGCAACAGCUUCCGGAUUCAAGAAUCUGAAGGGGUUCUAUGUGAAGAUUCAGAGGGUCAUUGCAGGAUAUCCGAUGCCAGUUUGUCGGGUGUUUGACUUCUCCCAGAACAUUUUUUCUUCGGAGGACUAUAAGCUGACGUUCAGGAAGAAGAUGCUCGGUUUCGAAGGCGGUAUCAACCAUCUUUAUCAUCUGAUGCUGUACACCCUGCCCAUUGCAUCUGCAUCAAAGUGGCAAAGCCAGUUCUUCAAGCUCCAGUCCCCAGAUGUCAAUUCACCGGGAUGGUGGACAGCCGCUGUGUCAUACACAAACAUCUACCCCUCAGUCCCAGCAGCAAUUACAGCCCGUUUCAGCCUGGCCCCCAAGGAAUUCAACUUCACAAAUUACAUCUUUACCCUGAUGGGAGAAAGAGAUACCUUUAAUUUCCUCGAAAGAUGCGAAAUUUCCAUCUUCCAGGCGUCCACUUGCCAGGGCAAGACCUAUGACAAACCUGCAGCUAAUGCUACCUCGAUCACCAUAACGUUCACUGUGACUGUGGUGGACGUAUACCGGAUUAGGAUGGAGCCUGAUGACCCCUACUGGAACGAUCCCAAUCGCUGUCUGUGUUACGAGAAGACAUCCAGCAUUGUUCGCUCGUGUGUAAGAUGCAUCCUUACCGUAACAGGGGACAUUGCCGUGCGAGGCGGGUCACAAGACGAAAGCUCAACAACAAUGCCUCGUACGACUGAGCCAGGAGCAUCGCCAACAGCGCCCACGGGGACAACGGGCACAACAACAGGCACCCAAGACAGUCAUUCUGUGUCUCCAUCAACUGCAGCUGCAGAUUUUCUGACGUCAGAGGAUGUGAUCACGGUUGUUGCAGCGCUUGCUGGAGGCCUGGUCGGCAUUGUGUGUGUAUCUCUGGUGGUGGUCCUGCUCUGGAGAAAACAUCGUUCAGCCGGAAACAAUUUUGAGGUCAACACGAAGCCCGGCCAGAACUAUCUCAAUCAACAAAACCACUCUCAUGCUCAUCCCGUGAAGAAGGUAUACUUGUUGUAUGCCGAAGAUCACAAAGAUCACAUUAAUGUGAUCACCAAUCUGGCCAUCUACCUGAAAGACCACUGCAAGUGCGAGGUGUUCUUCCUGCCGUGGUUCCGCGGCACCAUCCAGACAACGGGCGUCUACCAAUGGAUCAUGACCCAUAUCGACCAGUCGGACUACGUGAUCCUCAUCAGCUCGGAGGCGGCGUACAAUCUGUUCGAUACCAGGAGCACCAGCACCACCUACAGGGCCGACGACGAAGGCCCUGAAGGUGACACCUUCUCCCCUGCAAUGACCCAUGUAAUGGCCAAAUCAGCAGAACCUGGCUUCUUCAAGAAGACCAUUCUGGUAUACUUUGAGUACACCAAUGAGGAUUUCGUCCUAAAGGAGAUAAGCCCAGGUCUUCAGUACAAAUUGCCUAAACACUUUAAGGAGCUGAUGUGCCACAUCCAUGAGGUCAAUGCCAUGAACAGGAGACAGAUUGAAGGUAUGGACAACCUACAAGCCACAACAGGAGGCCGCAACGUCUUAGAAGCUGUAACCAAAGCCAAACACUUCGAGACAUCGGAUCCAGAUUGGUUUUGUAAAAGGUUCCAACGACAAGAUUCAGCUUACGGCUCCCAACAUGAAGAUGAAGUAGAGGACUCUGUUUCUUGGAAACAAAGACCUGUUUAUGCCAACGAAGGAUAUGACCAUGAUGAUGAAGUAAAGAGUGCUGUCACCUAUAAUACGGCCUAUGCCACAGCUCACCUCGAAGAUAUGGCUGCUCCUAGCGAGGUUCCAACUGACACGUCAACAAACUUCAUCAAUAUGCAACUUCAGCGUAUCAACAUGGACAACGGAGGUGUGAGCAGCACGUCCCCCUGGCUGCAAUACGAGAGCUAUGGCUUCACUCCACCCAGUGAGUCAACUACACGGACGGAUAUCGCCGUCGACGUCGACAGCAUCGGGGAUGAAGAUGUGGACGUCUAUUUCCGACUGGACAGUUCACUGGACAUGAAGAUUACAGGCAGAGACGUUUGAAAAUCCUAUUCAUGUGCAGCUGUUUUGUAAAUCCAUACUGGAGCCUUUAAAUAUCACUUCGCAAUGUCAUCCACAUAUAAACAUUGUUCAUAUUAUGUCCAUGUGAUUCUGCUUUGAGAUAUGCAGGUGUAAAUUGGAGCCUGUUAAUAUCACUUCAUAAAGACAUUCACUUAUAAACAUUGUUCAUAUCAUGUUCAUUUGAUUCUUAUUUCACAUAUGCAGGUGUAAAUUGGAGCUUUUAAUAUCUCUUCUACAAAGUCAUCCACAUAUAAACAUUGUUCAUACCAUGCUCAUGUGCACCUUUUUGAGAUAAGCAGGUGUAAAUUGGAGUCUUUUAAUAUCCCUUAGCAAAGUUGCCAAAUAUAAAAUUGUUCAUACUGCCAUUGCAUAUUUGGCUAAUAGCACUCAUUCCUGAAAUGUCAUAUUUGUAUUCACUUCUCAAGGCUUAAAUUACAAAUUACACAUUUUGUCCAGCGGAUGCGGAAUGGCUGUGAAAGCUAGGGUACUGGAAGAUAUUGGAGGGUUCUUCUAGUGUUGGUGUAUGGCACACCGAUUUCACAUUUAUUAAGAAAUGAAAGAUACCUUUAAAGAUAAUUACGAUCAUAGUGUACAUAAUUGUAUUAGAAAUUAAUUCAAGAUAUCUUCCGUUCAAUUCAAGAUAUCCUGAAAUAAUUUAUUCAUAUCCACAAACACAUUACAGAUAUGUGUCACUCAAUUAGAGAUAUCUUCAAUUCAAUUAGAAAUAUCUUCAAUUCUGGCCAUUACUGCCAUCUAACAUCAAAUUAAAGAUAUCAAUACUAAUUUUGAAGAUAUCCUUAAAUCUAUUAUUGAUAUCUAUAAUACAAGUAACAGGAACGAACGGCAAAAAAUAUCUGUUCACAGUAUCUUUAAUUCAUUUCAAGACAUCUCCAAUCCAAUUAAAGAUAUCUCCAAUUCAUUUCAAGAUAUCAGCAAUAUUAUUCUUUCCAACAUAUCAUUAUUAUGCUUCGUUAUAUCCUUACUUUUUUUCACGAUAUCAUGAAUUUCAAUACAGAUAUCAAUAAUUAUCUAAAUACGAGAUAUCUUUACUUAAAUUCAAGAUAUCUCUAUAUACAUUCAAGACAUCUUUAAAACAAUUUAAGACAUGCGUAUUUUUAAUAUAUGUGAAAACGGCUUGCCAUACGGGUGGAUGGACGUGUGUGGGAGUUUACAAUUUCAGGAGCCUCGUGCAAUAAUGAAAGCGACCGAACGGGUUGCCAAAACCGAACACAAGUGUAUGAUGUGAGUAGGGCGUGUGUGCAAUUUUAUCAUUUCGUAUAAAUUUGAACAUAAGAUACUGGAUAUAAAUUGUAUCGAGGAGAUGGUUUGUGUGUCUGGUGCCUAUCGCUGUGACGUCACAUAAUAUCCACAACAAAGGAAUUCACUGUUAAGCGGUUCCUUUUAUGUAAAACCUUAUACUUAUCGCACAGCACCCCUGAAGAUCCGGGUUAGAAUUGGUCUUCAACAACCCAUGCUUGUCGUAAGAGGUGACUAACGAGAUCUGGUGGUCAGGCUCACUGACUUGGUUGACACAUGUCACCGUAUCCCAGUUGCGUUGAUCGAUGUUCAUGCUGUUGAUCACUGUAUUAUUUGCAUACAGCUCGAAUACAGCUCGAAUAUUGCCGAGUGCGGCGUAAAACUAAACUCACUCACUCACCUUUAUGAAUGUGUCGUCAGUAAGGGCUGCAAUACUCCCUCCAUCCUGUGAACCUUUGUAUAAAGCAUAUCUUAUAUUUUUUAAAUGUUUUGUUCUUGUACAUACUAAAUCUUCUGCAAAAACAUACAUUUAACACUUUGCCUUCAGUGUAUGAAUGACGUGAUGUAAUAAAUUAUCACUG